UAAGUUACAUUUGUGAACAUGUUGUUCACGACGUCAGAAAAUAUUUAGACUGCCGCUAUGAACCCAAGUAAAAUAUUACCAAUCAUUAAUUUGCUGUUUCCAUCAGUAGCACUCCUCAUGAACGAAAGUAUACCAUUAUGUUAGAGGUGUGCGUCGUAAAUGCACUAUACUCGACUAGCCUCUCGUCUGCGUCAGUAUUAACAACAAGCAAGCAGCCGCUGUUAUUUUCUUUGAAAUUUAGUAGUGAAUUAUGCUGCAAUUUGCUUUUCUAUCUUUGACUGGUGAUUUAAAUACUUCCUUCGUAAGGAAUUCUUCACCCUAAAUAAAUUUCAGGACUGUCUUGUUGCCAAUAAGGACACAGAAGCAAUGUUCCCUGCUAAUCACAAAACAGUUUUUGUGUUGGAUCACACUCCACAAUUCGGUUCAUCAUAUGAUUCUGUUGUUGAACUGGAUGUGGGAAAUAAACCAAGAGGCGUCAGUAUGAUCCCCUUGUCACCCAUUUACAAAAGCCUAUGGACAGCCAGUGUUGAAUCUGCUCUGGAAUAUUGUCGUGUCGUGUGGGACCUAUUUCCCGAAAGAAAAUAUAUACGUUUCGUUGUUAGUGACAUUCAAGGACAUGUACUAAAUUCUUGGAGUCCUUCGCAACAAAAUCUGGCAUAUAUUCAAAAUCAACUUGGCAUGAUUGGGGUCCCAAACAUUGCCACAAGACCUGUGCAUGCAGAAAACUCGGUAGUUCCAGGCCUACAGGCUGCAGUUGACUCAAUUUGCCAAUGUACUGACAUACAGCAUGAGAGACGAACCUCCCUUAGUGAAAAUGCUUCUAAGAUUUUAAACAGAUCCAGAGUUAUAUGUAUUACCUCACAAAGAGAUAAUCAGUCAAUCAAACACCUGCAAGAUUCUUUUGCUAAAUUUGUUAGCCAAGCCAACAAAAAAGCUGCAAACUCUGAUACGUUGAUACCUAUUAAUCAUUGCCACCUUGUGAUUUUAAAUGUCACUUCAAGAAAUAAUGAGCCAUGCCUUGUCAAUCCAGUGCCUCCCACAGAUAUCUCAUCAACAGUAACGUCUGAGGUUCAUGCUGUUCUGCCUAACGGCAACAUUGCAGUGAAGCUUUCACACCUUAUCCUGCAACAUUAUGAUUUAGCAUCAACCACCGUAACAAAUAUUCCAAUGAAGGAGGAACAAAACGCCAGCUCUUCAGCCAAUUAUGACGUAGAAAUCUUUCACCUGUCAGAAGCACAUGCAUCUAUACUCAAAGAGGAAGGAUAUCUAAGAGGUAGUGCCCAAGACACUGCAUUAGUCAAAACUCUCCGUGAGGGACGUGAAUAUGAUACGGUGACCCUGAAAUGGUGUACUCCCAAAGCAAGUGCAGCAGAAAUGCAUCACUGUACUGCAAUGCAUAGAAUAACACCUGUUGAUGUCAACAGUCGACCAUCAUCCUGUUUAAUCAACUUUCUUCUUAAUGGAAGAUCAGUAAUGCUUGAAAUGCCCCGUAAAAAUGGUGGUAAAGUUUCAUCUCAUAUGUUGGCUGCUCAUGGUGGAGAAAUAUUUGUACAUACUCUUGGAACAUCUAGAAGUGUGCUGGAAGAUCCACCCUCUAUCAGUGAAGGGCCAGGAGGAAGAGUAACAGACUAUCGAAUCACAGACUUUGGACAGUUAAUGAAAAAGAAUAAGCUUUUACCCUUGAAAAGGAAAAGGAAUGAUGAUUCCUUGUCCAAAGAUGAUGUAUCUAAUCUGGACCGAAUGAGACAACGUUUAGAACGAUUUACCAAACAUUGGCCAAUAACCAUCUCUUCAACAAGUGUUUUUAAUUUGAGACCUGAUUUGGAUCCUCUACUAAAUGCAAUAGUCAAGGAGACAAUAAGUGAGGAAGAAGUUGUUCAAUGUAAGCAAGUAAUUCUUAACUUGGUAGCACAAGAAUCAAGAAAUGAGCCAUUGCAGCCUUCUCAAAGUGGUCAGCGAACUAAAGGACCCAAGAGGGAUGAGCAGUAUAGACAAAUGUUUGCAGAGCUGGAAACACUCAUACGAUCACACUGUCGCACAGACCAACAUACUGCUGUUCUCAAUUGUCUCCUAGAUUGUAGAAAUCGGUCAGAUGAUGACCCGAAGGUUAAAUUAGAAAGAAAAGAUGACAAAGUCGAACUAGACCAGGCACUGAGGGAGUUAGACCAGAUGGCUGCAUCUCCAAGUGCAAGUGUGAAUGGACAGAGAGUCAGUGUUAUUAGAGCUACAACAGACUCCCCUAUGUCUCCUCCUCCAAUGUCAGGAACAUCUCUUCCACUUUCAAGUAUUAGAGGUCAAGCUAGGACAAACACCCACAGCAUAUAUUCUUCUGGUCAUCGAACUGUGUUGGACUUUCUUAUUAGUUCUGACUCAAAGGCAAAUAGACCUGAGUUUCAUGGACUGUUAAAUUCUGAUGUAGGUCCUAAUGGGAAUAAAGUUGCAAAGCUUUAUGCCCAUUUAAACUCACAAGAUGGAGGUAGAGGUGAUAACUCAAUGAAUGAGGGGGAAUGAUUUCCAAGUUCCAAUUGUGUCUGUGAUCUCAAUGAAUGAAUGAAUGAAUGAAUCUAAUGAAUUUAAUUAUUGAAUGAUAAUUGCUUUUCUGCACUUUACCUGAACCUGUCAUUAAUAUUGAAGACUGUUUUAAAUGAAAUUUUUGCAGUUUAUCUUAUGUGUAUUCGGUAUGUACUGAACUGUACUACCCAGCUUCCACAUUAAAUUAAAAUUGAUAUUUUUUUUCAAAGA